GGUUUGGUUUUACACAAUCGGUGGUUACCAAAGCAGGCGAUCGGAGCUCUGUGGUCAUUAGAGGAUCGGCGACGAUGGGGGUCAAAGUCAGAGUGGAAUAUUGUGGUGGAUGAGGUUACGAGCCCCGCUAUCGUGAGCUCGCCCGUGUUGUCAAGGGUGAGUUUAGCGAUGCGGACGUGACAGGCUUCGUGGGAAGAACCGGUAGCUUUGAGAUUGAAAUCAAUGGGCAGCUGGUCUUCUCCAAGCUUGAGAAUGGUGGAUUCCCUUAUGAGGAUGACGUCAUGAACGCGAUUCAGAAUGCUUAUGAUGGCAAACCUGUGCAGAAGAUCACCAAAAGCCGCGCUCCAUGCGUCAUCAUGUAAACCUCCCUACUGCUACACAACCGUGCAGCUGUGGUUUACACACCCAGAAGGGAAGCAUUAGCAGUAAACCAAACUCUGCUCUGCCUCAUGGCUCCUCUCUCUGUUCCCAUAGUGGUCCUCCAGGGUGUUAAUGAUUACCGUAGCUUCAACUAUUAAAGGUUAUGGUCUGAUGUAUCUGUCCCUGGAGUUCCCUCAUCAUAGGAGCAAAGACAGGGAGAUGAUGUUGCAGAUGAUAUAGAGGGAGUUCACCUUUCUAUCCUAUUGCCUGUCAUUUUCUACCUGACUAGUUUUUAUUUGUUUCUCACUGUAUGUUUGUUGGUUUGGAUUUUUGUUAAUUCACUUGCAGUUAAAAACUUUCAGUGAAUGCAGGAAAAAUACAAAUUGAAACACUUUAUCUCUCCAGCACACUAUGCAUAGUGAUUUGUCUCCAUAGCAUUUUUAUGACAUUUCAUCAUUUUCAUAACGUAGUAAUUCACUCUGCUGGUUUUGAAUAGUAUUGCAAUGUCAUAUUUGUGGUUUGGUGGAUGCAAAGUGAAUCUUGACAUUUUUUUUAAUGCAUAUCAAAUUUGAAAGGAGUACCAAACAUUAAAAUUAGAUGUAAGCUCACAUACGAGAUGUCAGCUCAUAUUCCAUAAAUCCUUUUGCAUUGUUUUCUGUUAUUAAAACUGGAGCAAGAAAUAAAGGCAAUUGUUCUUUAA